GAGGCCAUCCCCAGCCUUCCUCCAACCCCGCGCCGCAUUCCCCUCCCCAACUCCUCCCGAAUCCCAAUGGCGUCAUCGUCGUCGCCGCCUCCGCCGCUCCGCUCCGUGUUCGACGCCGCCUACAUCCGCGGGGAGUUCGCGGCGGCAGGCAUCUCCUCUCACUUCAUCCCUCUCAUCUGGAAGUACGUGUUGCAGAACCCCAGGAGCGGUGAUCUGGACGCCGUCCCGUCGCUCCCGGCGGCCGCGUACGCGCUCCUCCGGCAGAAGUUUCGGCCGACCACGUCGACGCUCACCACCGCCGCGGAGUCCAAGGACCGCACCACUACCAAGCUUCUUAUCCGACUCAAGAAUGGGGAAUCUGUAGAAGCAGUGAUCAUGCGGUAUGACACACGAUUGGGGAAGUAUGAUGGGAAGCCUCGGCCUGGUGGCGUGCGCUCAACCCUUUGUGUGUCAUCACAGGUAGGGUGCAAGAUGGGCUGUAGAUUCUGUGCGACUGGAACAAUGGGCUUCAAAAGCAAUCUGUCUUCUGGAGAAAUUGUGGAGCAGUUGGUCCAUGCAUCCCGUUAUUCUCAGAUUCGGAAUGUUGUUUUCAUGGGAAUGGGGGAACCAUUAAACAACUAUAAUGCUUUGGUUGAAGCAAUCCAAGUCUUGACAGGGCCUCCCUUCCAGCUUUCGCCUAAGAGAAUUACCGUAUCUACUGUUGGGAUUAUUCAUUCCAUCAAUAAGUUCAACAAUGAUCUUCCCCAUGUAAAUCUAGCGGUGUCGUUGCAUGCUCCUGACCAAGACAUACGCUGUCAUAUAAUGCCUGCUGCCCGAGCCUUUCCUUUAGGAAAGCUAAUGGAUGCACUGCAGUCAUAUCAAAAUGAGAGCAAAAGGACCAUCUUUAUUGAGUAUAUCAUGCUUGAUGGAGUUAACGAUCAGGAGCAGCAUGCACACCAGCUUGGUAAAUUACUUGAAACAUUUAAAGCGGUCGUUAACCUCAUACCAUUCAACCCCAUUGGGUCAUCAAGCACUUUCAAGACAAGCAGCGAUCAGAAUGUGAAGAAGUUCCAGAAGGUCCUAAGAGGAAUCUACAGCAUCAGAACCACUGUUCGCCAGCAAAUGGGUCAAGACAUAGCUGGCGCCUGCGGCCAGUUAGUGGUUAGCCUCCCCGAUGAAAGAUCAGGGGGCGGUGCGACCCUUCUCUCAGACAUCGAAGACAUCAGGAUCUGACCUCCCUUCCGCCUAAACCGUUCCUUUUGCCGUCUCAUCAAAAUGAAUUCCUUUACAAGAUACCUGUAACUAGCACUAUAGCUUCAAUGCAGCUUUUGGCCAGUGUGGUGGUGUUUCCCUUCAUAUAUUUGGGAAGCACAAUUUUGUCUGCUACACAUUGGCAGAGACCCCAGCUUUUGUGUAUAGGCAGCUACCUACACCUCCGUUCAGUAACUUGUUAUUGUAUAUGGGAUAAUGCUAUCUCAGCAAACCAUCUUGCAAUGAACAAAAAACUAAUUGAAAAUCACACUGCCUGACUCAUCGUUUCGUUUAUAAUAAG